UACUUUAUUCGGGCAGGAGUCAAAAAUGCCUGGGUGGCUUGGACUUUUAGUCCAUUUGAGUCGCCUUCACUCCGCUGCUAAGCUAGCUGGCGGUUGACUGACCGCAAAAAUACAACGGCUCUCACAGCAUUACCCGAUUGCGACGGACUUUACAUACCUUUGAGAUGGGACUCAAACCUAAGGAUGAAGAACGGGAUCUGCAGAAGCAAAGCCCUCUAGAGGAAACUCCUCCGCCGUACGAGGGCGAUGAAUAUGUCCACAGAAACCACAGGCAAUCAUCACAUCAAGAAAGUCAAGAUCUCCCUAGGUCCGGAGGAGAGCCAUCAAACCGGGCGCGACACCCUGCCGAUUCACCAUCGGCCGAAGCGGAGCGACCAACCCUAUGGCGCAGGAUAUACCGCGGUCUCGCGAAGUUUACGCCAGUCCAGAAUCUCAGCCACCAGCAGGCAAAGCAACGCCGCCAUCACUCAUGGCAGCGUACAGAUGGCCGGGCUGAACCUCGGCCAGGUCCAGGAAUCGACCCUGCCGAGGACGACGUCAGAUGGGGUCCGAGGGGGCGAGCAGAGACAUCUCGUUCGCAACCAGAUCGGCUACCACCUCGGGGAUUCAGAUACCUCAUCGAGACCAUGCUCUGCCCCCCAAAGUAUCGGCGGCCAGGGAAGAGUGUCAACGCACGGUGGAUCGCGAGCAUGAUGAUCUGCACCGACAGUCUCUCGGAGCACUUGUCACGAGACCUCCCCUGGCUCGGCAAUCUUCACCGGUGCUGGGACGACCACAUCGAAGUAGCACCUCACCCGGUCGAAAGGACUGUCAAAACAUACAAGCGGGCCAUCAGCGUGGCCUACAUGAAUGCUGAACUGUCUGCAGGUGAGUGGCAGGUCACCAUCACCGUCUGGUCUCGGAACGGCCAGUGGCUGCAGGACUUGACGUAUGAGGACAUGGGAAAGCUGAUUGACUUCGACUCGGCUGUACGCGUUGUUGGCUAUAGGCGUCUCAGCGACGACCCGCUUGCGGCUUGCGAGGCAUUCUACGUAAAUUUCCUCAAGCUGGCCGCGGAUUUCGAGUUACAGAUGCCAGUGAUGCCGUUGCACGGUACCCCAAGCUGGGAGCUGGCCAGAAUCGUAGAAGAGCACAUCAAAAGGUACAUUCCGAAGUGGCCUUCAUGAAAAGGGGAGGUUGGGCCAAGUAACGUGAGCAAUCACCUGCACCCAAGUCAGAACCUGGCCGGGUUUAGCUCCGAUGGGAACUUGAAGUUCUGGCCCGCGAUGAAUGUCCGACGUGGCUAUAUCACCGAGCGUUAUCAGCAGCGUAGGACUACUGGUAGGCAGCCAACUUGCAGUGGUGACUCGUCACCAUCUAGCCAGGAUAACCAUCAACCGAGUCACAUCAAUAGCAGCAGGAACGCCAUCUGCUAGAACAAGGCCAAAUUCAGGAGCAUAUUGCCCUCUUGCCGGGCUCACCUGGACCACAAAAAGGGGCAUUGAUCAUAUUGCCUUAGAAAGUGAGAAUAAUCAAGAUAGGCAAGAAUGGGAAAUUCAGGUUCUUUGGGUAACUUAACUUGCCUCCGUUUUCCCAUACU